UAUAUAUGGUGUUGAGCGCCCUCUUAGAUCACGUGACUUGCAUCGAAUGAUAGAAGGAUUAAUGUUUGCAGAUCAUCUUUGACUGCGGUGCCGUUUGAGUGUGAUUCUAACCUAAAAAUUUGUCAUGGCUGAUACGGAUCAAGAUGUAACAGAUCGUGGUGAUGGUGAUAAUUUAAAAACCGACAAGUUAUUUACUUUAAAGAAAUGGAAUGCUGUGGCUAUGUGGAGUUGGGACGUCGAAUGUGACACAUGUGCUAUUUGUCGAGUUCAGGUUAUGGACGCGUGCUUACGAUGUCAGGCGGAAAGCAAGAAGGACUUUUACGGACGACAAGACUGCGUAGUCGUGUGGGGCGAGUGUAACCAUUCGUUUCAUUACUGUUGCAUGUCCUUGUGGGUGAAGCAGAACAAUCGUUGUCCAUUAUGCCAACAGGAAUGGUCCAUCCAAAGAAUGGGAAAGUAACGGUGCGGGAUUAGGACACCUACUCUUUCAACAUUCAACAUUUUGUUUUUCUUUUCUUUUUCAAUGAAUACACUAUAUUUCUCUUU